AUGAGGCCCUUCGUCGGGGCCCCUUCCCUGUGCAUCCCUUCUGAGUUCUCUAGAAGGUUCCUCACCAGGAGCCCACGCCUCUUCAGUAGCCUACCGGCCCGCCAAACAGACAGGGCGGCCUCUUGUGGUGGACCCCCUCCCAGGGGAGCAGACGAUGGAGGGGCCCCCGUCGGUGCUUUCCCUCAAGGGGUACAGAGUCCCGGUUCCUCUGCCUCUAGGGCCUCUCACGAAGGAGAGGAUAGCCUUGAGGAGCAGCACCGCCUAUUUGGCGACAUGUUUAAGGAGGGACCAGUACCCAUUGAUGAAUAUGGUUCUCCGUCUUAUAGGUCCCCUGUUAAGGCUGAAUUGAGGAGGGGCCCCAAGGGGGGGGCAACAAAAAACGAGGGGGGCCCUUCCCCCGGGGACGCGAGGCAGUUUGGAAAGCCGCGAUUUAACGUGAAGGGCCUAAACCCAAACGAGGCACUGCACCAACCUUCUCUGUGGCAGCAGCUGCUGCAGCAGGAGCAGCAGCAACGCAUGCAGAGACAGGCCAAUGCAGCACGACGCAGGACUAAGGCGUUAUUUGCUAGCGCUGCUGCUGCUGCUGCUGCACAGGGCCUAACGAAUAGUGAAAGGCCCCCACUAGGGCCUGCGAGUCCCCAAAGUGGGCCCUCCAGCGACAGCAGCCGCUGCACAGCAGAGACAGAAGAGAGUGCCCCUCUGCCUGACUGGAGGGACCUCUCGGACCUUCAGCUGUCUUGGGAGCUCUCAUCAACAAUACAACAUUCUAAGAAUGUAGGGGAGAGUCAGAAUCAACAAGGGGGCCCCUCUGGCUGCACCCCAGACCAGCUGGGCCCCACCGACGGUCUUCCCCUUCCACCGGAUCCCUUCCCAGAAGACGAUCCCGGGGUCGAAACCGUACAUUCAGGGGGCCCAUGUGGUGCAAUGUCUACUGAGGGCCCCUCCGAGGAUCCUUGUGGGGGGCCCCCUGAGGCCCGUCGUGGUGCUACUGCUGCAGAUACAGCUGAAGGUAAAGAGACGGCGUUAUUAAUAGAGACAGAAAGCCCCACAGCAAAGGCAACGCAUGCAGCACGGAUGCCUCCUUCUGUAUGGGAGAGACUGUCUCCUCAGCAUCUACAUACACAGCAGCAGAUAAUAAGGGCAAAGACACCGGAGGGUAUAUUAGCUGCUGUUGCUGCAGCAGCAGAGACAGUAGGGGGGACAGGGAGUAUUCCUUGGGCCCUUGACAACAAAGACGACAAGCUAACUGUCUCCAUCUCCGACGCUAAUAAAACAGCAGCAACAGCAACAGCAACAGAUGCUGUGGUACCUACAGCUGCAGCAACAGCAGCAGCACCUGCUGCUGCUGCUGAUGCAGAUGCUGCCCGUGUUCGUUUAUCACAAUUGUAUGGGUUAGAUGCAAUCAAUGUAGUGACGGCAAUACAUAGAUUAGGACGUUUAGUGUCUCCUAUUGGAGGUUCUUCUGUCUCCUCGGACUCGAGGUUCUUGGUGCUGCUGCAGGCAGCAGAAGCAGCAUUGCUGCUGCUAGAUAGUCAAGGUGCAGCAAACUUGUUGUGGGGACUAACAAAACUAGAGUAUCAUCCUCGAUGGUUGCCGCAGCUGCUGCAGCGGUGCAUGCAACUGUCUCCUCAGCUGUCUCCUCAUCAAGUAGCUACCUGUCUCUACUGUCUCUCUGUGCUGCCUGGGUGUCUCUCUUUACCAGAGGGGGUGGCCCUUCAGGGGGCCCUUCUUAAGGCAGCUUACCGUGUGUCUCCUCAGCUACAGAGGCCCCUAGAUCUAACUUGUAUAUGCUGCGCAUUAGCAAGACUUAAGAUAAGAGACAGGAGUCUCCUUUUGUCUCUUGUGCAACGAGCGAAGGGACUGCUGCCGCAGCUAUCUAUGUCCGAGCUUGCAUCUGUCUCCUGGGCCUUUGCUGCAGUAGGUGCAGCAGAUAAGGCCUUCUUUACUGCAGUGCAGCGCCGCGUGGAGACAGAAGGUGACUCUUGUGCACCAGGAGAUACUGUACAGUUUGCAUGGGCCCUAGGGCGUACAUUAGGAGACGCAAGGGACACUUUUGAUUAUACCAUUACUCCUCUCUUAAGGAGUUGUCUCCCCAAGCUUAAUGCAAGGCAACUCGCUACUGUUGCUGCUGCCUAUGCCCAAGCAGGGGUGGAGGACAUGGAUUUAUUAGCUGAUUUAAGUGUAACGAUGUUACCCCACAUAGGCGCAUUUUCCCCACAGCAGCUAUCGAGUACAUGUGUCUCCUUUGCCGUCCUAGGGUACAGCAACAGCGAGUUAUUAAAUGCAAUAGCAAAGAAGGUGCUGCUGCAGCUGCAAUCCUUCUCUCCUAAGCAGCUAGCACGUACAGUGUAUGGCUUGGGGCUUGCUGGGUGUACGGAUACCCGAGCACUCGACAGCUGCUGCACCGCGCUGCAGCAGCGCAUGCAUGCGCUGCAGCCAGCAGCUCUUACACAAGCCCUUGUCGGUCUAUCAGAAGCAGAGUACUUAUCGCAUCCUGCUGUCCCUCAGCUGCUGCGGGCUGUGGGGAGGAAGGUCGAGUGGUUAUUUGCUGAGGAUUGUGUGCAGCUGCUGCUCCUGUUGAGUAAACUAGCUGCUGCAGCACGGUUACCGCAGCAGCAGCAGCAGUUGCAGCAGGUUGAUAGGAGGGGGUUGCAGCAGCUGCAGCAGCAGCUGCAACAGCAGCUGCAGUCCAAGCUGAAGCACCACUGGUGUCUGGAUUGUGGGAGCCUUUGCGACCUACUGCAGGCGUUGCUGCUGCUUCGGUUGCCAGAUCCGCAGCUGCUGCAGCUAGCGAUGCGGCGGUUGUGCUUCCUGCUACAGCGUGCGUCUUCGCGUGAGUUCUUGCGGCUGCUGGGGUGUCUUGCUGCACUGCAGCAGGAGGAGAAACUGCUGGUGCGGACACAUAUACAGCGGCGCCCUAAGGUACAGCACGCCCUGUCAAUGCAGCUGCAGCAGAUUGCUGCAAUGACACUCGAUCCUGAUUCUACUGCUGCUCUCAUCUUCUCUUGUGCACAAAUCGGAUUUGCUGAUGAGGCGCUACUCAAGAUGGCAGAGAAUCUGCAGCACAAGUUAGAGACAGAAGGGGAGCUACUGUCUCUUCCUUCCCUUUGCCACCUCCUGUGGGCAACAACAGAAAUGCAUUUUAGCCUUGGCUGGACUCGCAGUGUCCUGCGGUAUUUCCUGGAGCGCCGCUAUGGAAAAAAGGAGCCAGCUGCUGCUUCUGAUGCUGCUGAUGCUCCUGAUGCUACUGUUGUCUCCUCUCUAGAACCACCGCCUGUGUUAUUUUUUAAUGAAGAGGAAAGGGAAGCCUUCUGCGAAGCCCACGGCCUCGGGCGCUACAGGGGAGGAGAAGUUUUCCCUUCGGGUAUAGGCACGUCCGUUCAAGGGGGCCCCCAGGAACAGCAGCAAGCUGUAGAUAAUGUAAUACGGGGGGCCCAGGAGCAGCAACAAGCUGUGGAUAAUGUACAAGGGGCCCCCCAAGAUGUUGCGCUGGCGGAGAGUCUCUUGAGGGCAGCAUUUGCUUGUGUCUCUCUUGGAGAGGAGCAGUAUCUGCUGCCUCUUUUAGAGGAGGUCGCGAGUCUAUACGGCGAUCGACUGCCCCUCGACCUGCUGCCUGCGCAGCAGGUGUGCUUGCAUGCAACCCGUUUUGGGGGACCCUCUUUAAAAGGCCCUCAUUCGCCGCACCUAAGGAAAUUUUUGUCUACUGUCUUGGGGGCCCCCCGCUACGACGUCUACUUCACGGGGGGGGCCCGAAACAAAUUUGGGCCAGGGGGCAGCCGUCUGCGAGUAAAGGACUACAACUAUGAUGCCUGGUUAUCCGAACCUCUUAUACAGGAUAUAUUGGCGCCGUCGAAUAAGCCAACAGCAACAGCGGAGCUGCGGCAGAGGCAGCUGGCACUAUUGGGCUGGACAGUACACUCUGUACAUCUAAGGGCCCUCUACUCAGCUGUGCUUGACCGCAACCUCCGCAGCUUUGUGGCGCAGAUUGCUGCGUCCUGCUGCCCCCAAGCAGAAGCCUUUGUCUCCUUCACACAGCAGCAGCAGCAACAGCAACAGCACCAGCAGCAACAGAAGACGGGACCGGAUGCGGGGUCGGAUUCCUCUGUCAGCGCCCUCCUUGGCAAGGAUAUUUUUGAAGAGUUUCCUUUGCUGCGGAGGAGACAGUUGGAGGCUGAGGAUCUAACAGACGAUGAGUUAGAAGAAGAAACAAAAGGAAACAGCAGCCGUCAUUGGAUGCUGCGAAGGCCCCGUCUCCGCACCUCUGUUGCUGGGGGGGGGCCUGAAGCCCCGGGGGCCCCUGGUCCUGGUAGCGGUGCCCCCGGUGUAAGCGAAGAGCUACCCAUGCAAGACAGCCAACUUAAAGGACGCCAAGACACGGAGGAGACCCUUGGGGCUGAGGAGACACUAGAGGCAGACACCAGCAACACGCUUGCUGCUCUUGAUGCUCUGCAGCAGGCCUAUGGCUAUAAGAGCAGCUGA